AUGACCCCCAAGAAAAGAGGCUGCAGCAGCCAUAGCUGGGGCUUCGUUGCGCCCGAUGUUCAGGAUCCGCCACGGUGUAUCGCCUUGUGUAGGGAGAAGUUCCUCGAGGAGCUGUCGCCCAAGGGUGAGACACUCGAGCGAGUGUGCGAGGUCCUGCAAGACAGUGCUCGUAUGGAUAAGGAUCAACCUUUCCAGGCGCUGUACUGCUGCGAUGCUCAAGCUUGUGGUGUGGAUAAUCUGGGAGAACGUGGUAGAGAUCCUAACAGACUGGCAGCAAAUGUGAAUUGGCUCAUCAACGCCUGUCAAGACAUUGGAUAUCAUUCUAUAAUAGACCCAGGUCCUCCACAGCCCUACCAUAUAUGCGACUCUGAGUCUAUCAAUGGAGACGAAAAGGACUGCCAAAAAGCCAAAGGAGUAGACAAGACUGAAGAUGCUUCCGCUACGAGUACAUCAAGGAUAUCCCCGUCCACAGCAACAGAGAGCACACUCUCGACAAAAGCUACAACCUCAACAAUAAUAACAGCAACAUCAUUACCAUUGCAAAAUUCUAUACCAAACACAUCAUACUCUACAAGCACAAACCCUGCCAUAAUAUCCACCUCAGAUCCAUCCAACAGCGAUCAAAACGACACAGAAACCAGCAGAGGAAUGCCCCUGGGUGUGAAGGUCACUAUAGCUAUCAUCUCCGUCGUCGGAUUUCUCGCCAUCGGCGCUCUCAUAUUCUGCCUCUUUCGAAGACGUCGAUCUCGCAGGAACGAUAUCCGAAGACUCAUCAAGCAUCCAACAUCACCACCACCUCCUGCAGACUCACCCACCCCUCUUGUAUCACCAACCCUUUCCCAUACUGACGCUGAUGGCGUUCCUCUUACGCCGCCGGCGCGACUUCGCGAGCGUAGGUUUCUUCCUACCAUGUCGGAUCAGCAGAUCGGGUUUCCAUCUUCUCCCCUUUUCUCACCAACAACCGCCAAACUCUCGCCGCGACAUGAAAGGACGCCUAGGAUUUACAGUGCCAAUCAGGUACCCAUGAUAGUCAUGACUGCUCCGGACGGUGCAAAAGUCAGAGAUAACCAUGGGUCAGCAAGUUUCAGUGAUGGAGCCAUCACCCCUCCAGCUUCUGCCCAGAUGAUGCCUCUUGGUUGUAGUAUCACUACUUCUCCUACUCGCCCCCCGCGAUCCCACGAUGCCUCAUUCAAUAUGCUCGCCAGCCCGGGACCACCACCGACAAGGGCACUUCCAUCAACACCUCCUUAUCGACCCUCUACUCCAACAAACAGCCCGCCUCGUUCAAAGACCGGGCGCUACGGUGAGACAUAG